AUGUCAGGAGCACUCUCAGUUGUACAACCAGGCGUCUUGAGCGGCGUCGAUGCCCUCAAGUUGUUUGAACACGCCCGCGCCAACAAGUACGCCAUGCCAGCCGUCAACAUUACCUCUUCCUCCGUCGCCAACGCUGUCCUCGAGGCUGCACGCGACAUCAAAUCCCCAAUCAUUCUCCAAAUUUCCAACGGCGGUGGUGCCUUCCUCGCUGGUAAGGGUCUUCCAAACGACAAGCAGCAGGCCUCUGUCGCCGGCUCGGUCGCUCUCGCCCACCACGUACGCACCGUCGCCCCUCUCUACGGUGUCCCAGUUAUCCUCCACUCUGACCACUGCGCCAAGAAGCUCCUCCCUUGGUUCGACGGCAUGCUCGAUGCCGACGAGGCUUACUACAAGGUCAACGGCGUUCCUCUCUUCUCCUCCCACAUGCUUGACUUGAGUGAGGAGUCUGACGAGGAGAACAUCAGCACCUGCGUCAAGUACUUCUCCCGCAUGGCCAAGAUGGGCCAAUGGCUCGAAAUGGAGAUCGGUAUCACCGGUGGUGAAGAAGACGGUGUCAACAACGAGUCCGCCGACGCCUCCAGCCUUAUGACCAAGCCAGAGCAGGUCUACAAGGUCCACCAGGCCCUCUCCGCCAUCUCCCCAUCCUUCUCUAUCGCCGCGGCCUUCGGUAAUGUCCACGGUGUUUACAAGCCAGGCAACGUCAAGCUCACCCCUGAGAUCCUCGGAGACCACCAAAAGUACGCUCGUGAGCAAUCCUCCAGCAAGCACGAGAAGCCACUCUUCCUCGUCUUCCACGGUGGCUCCGGCUCCAGCAAGGAGGAAAUUAAGACUGCUGUCGUCAACGGUGUCGUCAAGAUGAACGUCGACACUGAUGUCCAAUGGGCUUACCUCUGUGGUCACCGUGACUACAUUCUCAACAAGAAGGACUACCUUAUGACACAAGUUGGUAACCCAGAAGGAGCUGACAAACCAAACAAAAAGGUUUUCGACCCAAGAGGGUCCGCGAGGGUGAAAAGGCAAUCGUCGAGCGUGUCAAGUAGUCCACCUUGGCUCAUUAAACCAAUUCAUGGAGUUUGUUGGCUCAAACCAGCCAACGGUCAUCAAAGCGGAGGCAGAUUGCUCGUUGCUCCUGUAUUUAAGAAACUCGCUGAGUCCACACCUGGGGUCCAGUUUGCAUCUUUUGAUGUUGAUGAAGCUGGCGACAUAGCCGAACACUUGUCCAUCAGAUCUAUGCCUACUUUCUACCUGUUCAAAGACGGUGAAAAGAAGGACUCGUUUAGCGGUGCUGCUCCUCCAAUGCUUCAAGGAUUCGUCAAGAAGGCUGCUGAACUCUCUCAAUAG